GCUGGGAUCAUUGGUUGCCAUUUGGUAGUGUAGAAGCAAUCACUCAUUUGCUUUAUCGGAGGUUGAUAAUCUUCCUCGGGCUCUCCUUCCGACACGUAUGACAAAUGCUAAUAGUAUAUUCCUCGUAGAUAUUACCUAUAUAUUCUCAAAAGUUGCAGGUACUUAAGGCUUUGUCUUGGCUUCCUCGUCCUCUUCAGUAAAACUCGUCUCUCUUGCACUCCAAAAAGCAACCAUGUCUGCUUUUGUCGGCAAAUACGCAGAUGAGCUGAUUAAGACGGCUAAGUACAUUGCAACACCGGGAAAGGGCAUUUUGGCGGCAGACGAGAGCACAGGAACCAUCGGGAAACGAUUCGCCAGCAUCAAUGUCGAGAACGUUGAGUCCAACCGCCAAGCUCUCCGUGAGCUCCUCUUCACUUCCCCUGGCGCUUUCCCUUGCCUCUCUGGUGUUAUCCUUUUUGAGGAAACCCUCUACCAGAAAACCUCUGAUGGCAAACCCUUUGUUGAUCUCCUCAUGGAGAACGGAGUUAUCCCUGGAAUCAAAGUGGACAAGGGUGUGGUUGAUCUAGCAGGGACCAACGGCGAGACCACUACUCAGGGUCUAGAUUCGCUUGGUGCACGUUGCCAGGAGUAUUACAAGGCAGGAGCCCGGUUUGCAAAAUGGCGUGCAGUCCUCAAGAUUGGGGCCACCGAGCCAAGCGAGCUCUCUAUCCAAGAGAACGCCAAGGGGCUAGCCCGCUAUGCCAUCAUCUGCCAGGAGAACGGACUGGUCCCGAUCGUCGAGCCAGAGGUACUGACCGACGGGAGCCAUGACAUCAAGAAAUGUGCGGCGGUGACGGAGACAGUUCUUGCUGCCGUGUACAAGGCCUUGAACGACCACCAUGUCCUCCUCGAAGGCACUCUGCUUAAACCGAACAUGGUCACUCCCGGCUCUGACAGCCCAAAGGUUGCACCUGAAGUGAUAGCGGAAUACACAGUGACUGCUCUGCGCCGCACAGUCCCACCAGCGGUUCCAGGAAUCUUGUUCCUCUCAGGCGGACAGAGUGAAGAGGAAGCAACACAAAAUCUGAACGCAAUGAACAAGCUUGACGUAUUGAAGCCAUGGACGCUGACUUUCUCUUUUGGACGAGCCCUCCAACAAAGCACUCUCAAGGCUUGGGCCGGUAAGACCGAGAACUUAGCCAAAGCUCAGGCCACUUUCCUGACAAGGUGCAAGGCUAACUCGGACGCUACCCUCGGGAAAUACACCGGCGGGGCUUCCGCUGACUCGGCCGCCUCUGAGAGCUUGUAUGUGAAAGGAUACAAGUAUUAGGAGCGUUUAAUACGGGUGUCACCUUUUAUACGGUUUGAGUAUAUGUCAAAUGUUUCGUGGGCGUUUAACUGUUUAAAUGUUUAUCGAUUUGGUUUAGCGACUUUGUAAUGUUCUUAAACUGUGUUGUGUUUUUGCGAUGGUUUCUAUAAUAUUUUCGCGCCAUGACAUAA